GCGCGAGCGAGGGAGGCGGGGGAGAGCAGAGGAGGGGGGAGGGGGCGCUGACAGGGCUCUGCUGAGCCGGGCCCGGCCCGCGCCUGCCGCCGCCAGAGCCCGGCCGCCCGCAGGAGGGAGGGAGGGAAGGAAGCGAGGAGAGCCAUGGCCGAGCCCUCGCCUUCCUCCAGCUCCGGCGGCGCGUCUGUGCCGCUCAUUGAAUCAGAGCUCUACUUCCUCAUAGCUCGGUUCCUGACCACCGGGCCCUGCAGGAGAGCGCUGGAGGUGCUGGUGCAGGAGCUGGAGCAGCAUCAGUUACUUCCUAAACGGUUGGAUUGGGAAGGAAAUGAACAUUACAGAAGUUACGAAGAAUUGGUGCUAUCCAACAAACAUGUGGCUCCAGACCAUUUAUUACAAAUUUGCAAGCGUAUUGGCCCGAUACUGGAUAAAGAGAUACCACCCAGCAUUUCGAGAGUGAAUUCCUUGCUUGGUGCAGGGAGACAGUCCUUGUUACGUACAGCAAAAGAUUGCAGGAACACUGUUUGGAAGGGCUCUGCAUUUGCUGCUCUUCAUAGAGGAAGACCUCCUGAAGUUCCUGUAAACUAUGGCACACCACCAAAUCUUGUGGAAGUAUAUCGAGCAAAGCAAUUAACUGGAUAUGCAAAGUUCAGUACUUCGUUUCCAGGAAGUAUGUAUCAGCACGUAAAGAUGCACAGACGGAUUCUUGGCCAUCUUUCUGCUGUGUAUUGUGUUGCAUUCGAUAGGACUGGACAUAGAAUAUUUACUGGUUCAGAUGACUGUCUGGUAAAGAUCUGGUCAACUCAUAAUGGCAGGUUAUUUGCCACAUUACGUGGACAUUCAGCAGAGAUUUCUGAUAUGGCUGUCAAUUAUGAGAACACUAUGAUUGCAGCUGGAAGCUGUGAUAAAAUGAUCAGAGUGUGGUGUCUGAGGACUUGCGCACCAGUUGCUGUCCUCCACGGACACACAGGGUCCAUUACCUCAUUACAGUUUAGUCCAAUGGUAAAAGGCUCCAUGCGUUACAUGGUCUCUACGGGUGCAGAUGGAACUGUUUGCUUUUGGCAAUGGGAUACAGAUUCCAUGAAAUUCAACAAUCGGCCAGUGAAAUUCACAGAGAAGCCUAGACCAGGAGUUCAGAUGCUUUGUUCUUCAUUCAGCGUAGGUGGCAUGUUUUUAGCAACUGGCAGUACUGACCAUGUUAUAAGGAUGUAUUUUUUUGGCUCCGAAACACCUGAGAAAAUAGCUGAAUUGGAGAGUCAUGCUGACAAAGUUGACAGCAUUCAGUUUUCUAACAGUGGUGAUAGGUUCAUAAGUGGCAGUAGAGAUGGAACAGCUCGGAUCUGGCGUUUUGAACAAGCAGAAUGGAGGAGUAUUUUGUUGGAUAUGUCCGAUCGAUUACCAGGUGACACGUGUUCAGAAGAGGACAAAUUUAUGAAGCCAAAAGUAACCAUGAUAGCUUGGAACCAAAAUGAUAACUAUGUUGUUACGGCUGUAAAUAAUCAUCUGCUCAAAGUCUGGAAUUCCUCUACAGGGCAACUGCUUCAUGAUUUGGUGGGGCAUGCGGAUGAAGUAUUUGUCUUGGAGACCCAUCCUUUUGAUUCCAGGAUAAUGUUAUCUGCAGGUCACGACGGCAACAUCUUCAUAUGGGACAUUACAAAAGGCACAAAAACAAAGCAUUAUUUUAACAUGAUUGAAGGCCAAGGACACGGUGCUGUUUUUGACUGUAAAUUUUCACCAGAUGGGCAACAUUUUGCAUGUACAGAUUCUCAUGGGCAUCUGUUGAUAUUUGGUUUUGGCUGUAGCAGGCCUUAUGAAAAGAUUCCUGAUCAGAUGUUCUUCCACACUGACUAUCGGCCACUUAUUCGAGACUCUAACAAUUAUGUCCUAGAUGAGCAGACUCAACAGGCUCCUCAUCUCAUGCCCCCUCCCUUCUUAGUAGAUGUGGAUGGAAACCCUCAUCCAACAAGAUAUCAAAGAUUGGUGCCAGGAAGAGAGAAUUGUGCAGAUGAACAUUUGAUUCCUCAACUUGGAUAUGUAGCAACAAGUGAUGGAGAAGUGGUUGAACAAGUUAUAGGCCAACAGACGGUUGAUCAGGAUGAACAAGGCAUGGAGCCCAGCAUUCUUGAUGGCAUGAUUAGACAAUUACAGCUACAACAAGAUCAAAGAAUUGGAGCAGAUCAAGAAUCUGCUUCAGGUGGCCCACAGAAUGAAGGAACGCCUAGAAGAGUUUUUAGAAGACCAAGUCUGGACAUCCAGUCUCCUCCCAAUAUCGGUCUGCGCCGUAGUGGGCAAGUUGAAGGUGUGCGUCAGAUGCAUCAAAAUGCUCCACGAAGCCAGAUGGCUACUGAGCGAGACCUUCAGGCUUGGAGACGAAGAGUUGUUGUACCAGAAAUACCACCAAGCUUACUCAGGAAGCAGGAAGAAUAUCGAACUGCAAAAGGGGAAGAAGAGAGAGAUCUUUAUGCGGCAGAGAAGAAAAGAAAGUCAUUCCAGUCAUUCGAAAAGAGUGACUCCGAGUCUUCAUUAAUACAGUCUAAGCGUAGACUGCAUAGACGGAAAUAUCCAAAUUACCGAACACGGAAUAACAUUGAACAGCUUGACUCUUCUGAUGAGGAGAGAGAGGACUGCCUUGGUUUGAUGGAGCAGGAAGCUGAAGAAAGUGAGGGCUCUGGCUCAUCUGAUGAAGAGGAAGAAUGGAGAAGUGACAAGAAAAGCAACACUAAUAGCUCUAGUGAUUCUUCAAGCAGGUACUCUGACUGGAUCGCUGAUGCAGGGAUUAACCUGCAACCUCCUGUACGGACUUCUCGGCGGAAAGCUAUCAGAUACUGCAGUACUUCAGAAGAUGAAGUGUCAGCAGAGAAAUCAUCUCCUCCAAAGAGAAGAAGAAGAAAAAGGAGAAAAAAGCCCAGACCAAAAAAGCAGGAGGGGGCUAAUGCUCCAUCAGAACCAGUAAACUCGGAACUGUCAUAUGACUGGCAUCCUCCAGUUUGGAUAACAGACACAGCUCUUCGGAGAUCUCCAUUUGUCCCUCAGAUGGGUGAUGAGGUAAUAUAUUUUCGACAAGGACAUGAAGCUUACAUUGAAGCAGUUAGAAGAAAUAACAUUUAUGAACUGAAUCCCCACAAGGAGCCUUGGAGAAAAGUAGUCCUUAGGGAUCAGGAGUUGGUAAAAAUUGUUGGAAUUAGAUACGAGGUUGGUCCUCCCACAUUGUGUUGCCUCAAGCUUGCCUUUAUAGAUCAUGCCACUGGAAAACAUACGGACAAAUCAUUCUCCAUCAAAUACCAUGAUAUGCCAGAUGUUAUUGACUUCCUUAUAUUACGUCAGUUCUAUGAUGAAGCACGGCAAAGGAACUGGCAAGCCUCUGACAGGUUCCGAUCCAUUAUUGAUGAUGCAUGGUGGUUUGGAACAGUGCUGGGUCAAGAACCGUAUCAGCCUCAAUAUCCAGAUAGUCAUUUUCAGUGUUACAGUGUAAAAUGGGACAACGGUGAAGUUGAAAAGCUUAGUCCAUGGGACAUGGAACCAAUAUCUGAGAAUGUUGACCAGCCCGAAGAAUUAGGAGCUAGUGUUUCCGUGACUUUUGAAGAAAUGGAGAAGCUACUAUACAAACCCCAAGAAGGGGAGUGGGGGAUGCGGUCUCGUGACGAAGCUUGUGAACGGAUUAUCAGCGGUAUUGAUCAGCUUCUGACUCUCGACAUUUCAGCAGCUUUUGCUGGUCCAGUUGACCUGUGUACAUAUCCCAAGUACUGUACAGUGAUCGCUUACCCAACAGACCUGAACACUAUUCGAACAAGACUGGCUAACCGAUUUUACAGGAGAAUCUCUGCAUUGGUUUGGGAAGUAAGAUACAUUGAAAGCAAUGCCAGGACCUUCAAUGAACCUGGGAGUGCUAUUGCUAGAGCUGCAAAAAAGAUCACUACGCAGCUCUUAAAAUUUAUCAAUGAUCAAGACUGUACAAACAUUUUUGAACUAUGUAGCACAACAGAUGAUGAACAAGAUUGUCUUGAUGACGAUGAUCUGGAUGAUGAAAAAUGUCGUCCGAGAACGUCAUAUAGGAGGAGAAGAGGACGGGGGAAAAAAGGAAAAGGCAUUAAAAAUGGCUAUGAUGAAAACUGUUGGAAAAAGCAGUGUAUGGAACUCGUGAACUUAAUUUUCCAGUGUGAAGAUUCUGAACCUUUUAGGCAGCCGGUUGAUUUGGAUCAAUAUCCUGAUUACAGACAUAUUAUAGACACUCCAAUGGACUUUGGUACAGUGAAAGAAACUCUGGAAGCUGGAAAUUAUGACACUCCAAUGGAACUGUGCAAAGAUAUAAGACUAAUAUUUAGUAAUGCCAAGUCUUAUACUCCAAACAAAAAGUCAAAGAUUUACAGUAUGACCUUGAGAUUGUCAGCGUUAUUUGAAGAGAAAAUAAGAAGAAUUGUUUCAGAUUUCAAAAAUGGUCAAAAACAGAAUGAAAAACUAAGAAGAAACCAGAGGUAUACUAGAAGAUUUCAGAAUCAAAGCUCGACGCAGCAACCUACCAAAAUGCUCAGCAGAAAUGUGAAGCAGAAACCAUUAAAGUCUCAGGCAAAAAUUGAAUCUGAGCAGGAAGAUGUUUUUAGUCAACCUACCUCAAGCAGAGCAGCCUGUGUUGCAAGCCAUAAAACAAAUGCUAGUAAUUACAACCAUAGUUCCUCUGGUGAAUCCUCUGAUUCUGUAUGCCUGGCAUCUUUUGAAAGGAAUGGAAAAGCUAGAUCUACAACACUAACAAACUGUUCUGCACUGUCAUCAGAAAGUGAAAUAGAAGGUUCUUUAGCUUCUUCAUCUACAUCCUCUUCAUCUUCAUCCUCUACAAGUAGCUCGGAAGAGAGCAAAGAAAGCUCUGUUGCUCUUGUGUCACCUCCACUACACAACGGUGUAUGUAGGAGAAAGAACAUCAACUGUAGGAUAACUAGGAAUCGAGCUGCUCAAAGAAAACAAACAGGAACACUUCUGCAGGAGAAUGGGAAUACAAGAAAAACUGUCAGGAAAAGGUUAUAUGGAAGUGAUUCUGAAAAUACUUCAGUGGUGACAUCUGAGUCUCUGAGUAAUAGUACUGGUAGACACAGAAAAAUUCCACGCAGAAGUGCUACUGUGGCUGCUAAUAAGUUAAGGCUAAUGAGUGAUGUGGAAGAAGAGGUUUCAAGCUCAGAAAGUAUUGGUAUUGGGUGCAAAAACAGGAAACUGCCUCACCGAAAUGCCUCAGCUGCAGCCAGGCGAAUGUUGCUGGAGGGGUCUGAGGAUGACGUAGGUGUGAAGUCUGAAAGUGAAAAAGAAAAUGAAGAGCAGCUUACCAAGAGGAAAAAUCUUUCUCUCCCUGGUUCAUCUGCUCCACGAAGAAAAUUUGUUAGUGAAUCUGAAAAUGGAAGUUCGGAUUCUGAGAUAGACAUGCAGGUGAAACAGAAAACCUGGCAAAGCAAUGGCCACAGACAGUUACGUGGGACACUCCAUUCUGCAUCUCCCAAAGUGAGAAGUCCCACGCAAGACUCUUCGGAAGAUGAUUCCAAAAGCCAUAAUUCAGAGGGUGGGAGCAGUCAAAAAGCUGAUGAGUCAACGUCUGCACAUAAGCUUGCAGUGAGCAACUCUGAGGAUGAAGUGUAUUCUGAAUCAGAUAGGUGGAAUGACAAAAAAAUGACUAGUCUGCAGAUUGUUGCUCCCUUAAAGAAAGCAAAAGUCUUGAGUGAUUUAGAGGACACGGCAGAAUCUGAAGCAGAAGGCAGAGAGAAUGGGAGAAGUUUUGUUUCAGAGACUUUGGUGCCGUCUAGAAUUGCAGGGAAUUCAAAAUCUGGACCUGGUACCAGUUACAACUCUUCUGAUACAGAAUCUGAAACAAAUUCUAAUAACAGUAAUUAUUGUGACACUUCUACAAAAACAAGAAAGAGGAGAAGGAAAGGAAAAACAAAAAUCUUCAGAAAAGAAUCAACGUCUGAGAAGACUGGACAAAGUGGAAAAGUGCUCAGGAGCCGGACAUGUAUCAUUAACUACAAGAAACAUACAAAGCUGUCUAAUGUGAUGGAGAAAAAAAAUCCACGAAGGUGUGCCACUUUGGCGGCUAAUAAGAUAAAGAUAAUGAGUGAUACAAAGGAAGAGUUAUCAAGCUCAGAAAGUGUUUACACAGUGAAAAAGAACAGAAGGCAGCUUCAUGGCGGUGUAUCUGCAGCAUCCAGGAAGAAACUGAUCAGCAGCUCGGAGGUAGAUGUUAGCUUAAUGUCUGAAAAUGAGAAAGAACAGUGUUCUGGCAGAAAAAAGCUUUCUUGCCCUGAAUCAUCUGCUCCUAAGAGAAAAUAUAUUAGUGAGUCUGAAAACGAAAAAACAGAAUCUGAGGUGGAGGUAGAAGUGACUCAGAAGCAGAAUGAUGGUAACAACAAGCAGACACACAGAACUGUCCGUGCUGCAGCUCUUAAAAACACGUGCCACUCUUCAGGGGAGGAUUCCACAAACCACAAGGUAGAAAACGGGAGAAACUGGAGAACUUCUGGUCAGUCAACUUCAGCUCACAACCAUCAUAUGAGCAACUCUGAGGAGGAGGUGGAUUCUGCGUUAGGUAAACGUGAAACUAAAAAUAUGAGACAAGUACCAAAAAGAAAGUCUAGAGCUCGCUUCAAAAGAUCAAAAUUAUCAGAUGACUUAAAAGAAACACCAGAAUCUGAAAUGGGGGGGAAGAAAGAUGAAAAAAGCUCAGUAUCGGAGAACAUGGAAACACCUGAGACUGCAGGAAGCUCAAAAGCCAGUUUCAAUUGUUCUUCUGAUUCAGACUCUGGAACUGAUAACAGUAUCUACAGUGAUGCCACAGAAACAAAAAAGAGAAAAAGAAAAACAGACGUCAUUAGAAAAGAAACUUCCAAUUUGUCUAAGCCUUCCAGAAGACCCCAGCGAAGGAAACGUUGGAAACCUAAUCAAGAAAAUGACUCUGAAGAUUUGGAUUACACCAAAUAUAGAAGAGCUAAUCGGCGUUCUAAGAUAAGAACUCGAAAUAGGGGUAGACGGACUGUGAGAUACGACGAUUGUGACGAUGACGACGACGAUGACAGAGGUUUAGGUGACGUAGUUUGUGAAACGUAACCUUAAGAGGAAAAGCCAGCCCACUUUUUUUUUUUAUUAUGGUAAUAGCACUAGAACUCACGACGGAUGCUGGCUCUUCCUUGUCCUACAUUUCAGGGAAUAUAUUUAUAUUUUUCUAUGAAAAAGUUAUGAAUGUGAUUAGAUCAUGACUUUCUUCUUUUCAUAUUUUGACUUGCACUUGCCUGCCCAUGUAGCAGCAUUUAGCACAGAUGCCAAAAUGUGCCUCAUUAUAGGGGCAAUUUUUUUGUCUUUACUGGUAUUUUAUUACAUAUAACAAGAGUUUAAAAAAAACAAAGUUAAAACACUGCGCAACAGGUUAAUAGCAGUAUGUUGAGUAUUAUUGUUAUGGGUGCUGCAAUGGAAUACUACCUAGGUCAUACAACAUUCAAGAACAGAUUUCAAACAUCUCUAAUGCUGUAUGAAAUCAUAUACAAUAUUAACAGGCUUAUAAAUAAUAAUGUACACUAUAAAAAUCCGGUGGAUGCUAGUGUUGCAUCAAAAGCAUAAUGAGCAGUCACUAAGGUAACAACAUUACAGCUUGUAUUAGUACAGAUGCUAAAUGUUCUGUACAUUCGUAAUUGAAAACAUACGACUAGAACCAGUUACCAGUGAAAAAUUUGCCAAUUAAAAAGGCAUAUUGGUGCUGGUGAAGAGAGUUUAUGCUGACAGGUAGUACUAUCAUUAAUGUGACUUCUAUCCUGUAAACUAAACUUAAGAAUAUGAAAUGCAGGUGAACUCUUGGGCCUAAGGGUUUUUGUGUGUUUUCUUUAUAAAAUAGAAAAACCAACAAAACACUUGUUCUGUUUUUUUUAUGCGUGAAAAGUUUGAGGUGCAGGAUUCUUACAUUCCAGACCUUUUUGCUAUAUCUCUGUUCUUCCAUAUUUAAACUUCUAAGUGCUUUAACGUUAGAUUUUUGCGUUGAUUAAACAUAUCAGUUUGGACUGUUGCAGUAUAUCUACCGAUUUUUGAAAUGCUUGAGGUGGCUCCUGUUGUCAAGAAAUAAUUGUUGCAUAGGAGAUCAGAGAAAAUUUCUCCAGGGAAAAAAUGUAUAAAUUCUUGGUUGGUCUGUGUAUCAAACGAGAAUGUGUAGCACCUCUAAAUUCUUCCCUUGCUUUUUCCUGGAGCUGUGCUGGCUGAAGCCACCAGGUCACUGCCUUCAAUCCAACAUGAGGUGCUUGGCAAUCUCAGCUCCUGUCCCACUCUGCUAUAGGUUUUCCUGCCUCUCCUCUGCUGGUUCAGUUUCUCACACAGCUGAUGUAUGCAAUUCCUGAUCUCCUUGUUCAAUAGGGGAUACGGUAGUGUUAGAUCUGUCCUAGCUCAGCUCAUUUUAACUGAACUAGCAAGCUUGUGAGUUAGUUUUCUAGCAGAUUAGACAGGUGAUAGUAUCUGGAAGGGCUUUGGGGGGAAAAAAAAUGUUAGUGCAGCUUUAUAAUCAGACUUAUUAACAAGUGCUUAUGCAAAUGGCAGUGAAGUAAUGGAAAAAGGAGGACCAAGUGCUGUCUACCAGCAGUUAUUGAGAACCACGUCUCCAGCAGUCGUGCUGACAUUGUGCCAAAAGGUGCAUUGACCAUCACAGCAUUUUGGAUCUAGAAUGUCAUCUCGGUAUAGAGAAGUACUAUUUUUUUUCCUUAAAACUUCUGUAUGAAGUCCAAGAUUAACCUAGUUUAUGUCAUUCUUGCCCCAGGAAUUUUCUUUAUUUAGUGCAUAGUCUUUAAUAUAAUAGCAGAAUUUUGUACAUUCAAUGUACAUGUUUAUUUGAAAUCUUUAAGUUGGUUUAUAAAAUAUGAACACAGUUGUGUUUAGUGAUGAAACCUGACUCUUCAAAGUGGCUUUGUGUGUUUUAUCUCUUAUCAGUAUCUCUGUUAAAAAGAACAAGUCAACUGGUAUUUUUGUGUUAUCCAUAAAUUGAGUACUUUGUUUAGCAGCUGCUUAUGAGUAAUGUUCUAUGAAAUAUAACUUCCAAUAUAGGGGUAAAAACUGGUAUAAGAGCUUUUAUAAGUGAUCAUCACAAGUUUUAUUAAGUUCAAACAGCUAAAAUUGGGCUGCUAGGUUUGUAUUUAUAAUUCAGCCUUAGAUUUAAAAAGAAGUUUUUCUUUCUUGCCAUUCAGAUGCUGUAUUCUCUGUCAUACUGCACUCAUGCACUGUAUGUUCGUGAUGAUCCCAGACCGCUGAGAGCAGAUUCUGGCCUCUGUAUUCCUCUGUCCGAGAGGAAAUUACUAGCUUAGGGGUCGUAACACUUUCUUUUGUAAGCAAAGCAAAUACUGUUUUGUAUUUCUUGUUUUUAUACCCAGAUUGCGGAGCCAGGAGGAGGGGAGACAAUUAAACGGUAAAGGGAUUUUUGUUGCUCUUUCACCCCCUAUGAGUUUGGAUGUAUUUAUUUAUUUAUUUGUGAAUGGGGCACGGUUACUCUGAGAACUGGGUCUCCUGAGUCUUGCAGAGAGCCCCCCUUGCCCUCUUCCUGGUGACCGCAAUCAUUCAACACUAUUUAUUUGGUCUAGCUGUACUCAGGGAAGUAAAGUGAUUUAAGUAGACCUGGAAAAAAAAAAAGUAGUAUCUUUAUUUAAAGCUGCUUAAUGUGUGAUGCCGGUUUUCUGUGUUUUGGGUGUUUUUUGUUUUGUUUUGUUUUGUUGCUUUUUAAAGCAGGACCUGACUAGGCUAACAGCACCAACAGCGGGCAAUACCAAAAGCGCAGGCCAAAAGCGUUAGGCGAAAAUCACUCUUAGUCCCGAAGACUUGCGCUGUACAUGUAGACGCGGACCAAAGUAAAGCUAUACAUCUC